AUGAACAAUCUUUUCGCUCUCCUGCUUGCUUUUUCAAUUUGUCUCUUCACCACCGUCAAAUGUUGGGAAGGUGGUACACCUUAUACCAUACCCACGGAUAAAUCAUUACCCGCUGCACCAAGCGGUGGCACAUUGAUCCAAUGGUCACCAUGUCCUAAUUCAAAGCUUGUCAAUCCAGCAGUGGUCAAUCAAUGUUUUCUAAAAGGCAGUAAAGCUUCUACCGCUUACAUCGUUCAACACGCCGAUAAUGCUCCAAUUGCUUCCCCUGGUUUUUCAACAACUGAUGGUAAAUCAUCCUUCUGGCGCAAAGGUGUCAAUUUGGGUUAUGCACCAGGUAUUGAUAGUUGGGCAAUCGGAAACGAUGAUUCAACAGGAGCAGGCUGUUCCUCUUAUUCGCAAUACGAUGCUAUCAUUAAUUAUUAUAGCGGUAAUCCUGCUUUAUUUCCAAAUUUGCGAACGAUCGUAAUCGUUGGUCAUUCGGGUGGUGCUAACUUUGUUUCUCGUUUUUCAACGAUCAACACAAAUACACCUAGAGGUAUGCGCUACAUCGUUGCGAAUGCGGCCAAUCAAGGUUAUUUCGAUAAUGCCAGACCAACAAAGACGACCAGCGACGAUUGUCCGGCUGCUUUUUCAUGGCCAUUUCAAUGGACUGGGUCUUUCAAUAGAUACGUUGGCUCCCGUAUCAAGAAUCCAGUAGCACUAUUUAAUCAAUGGGCAGGUCGUGAAGUGAUUCAUUUGACUGGUGAUCAAGAUACUUCGACAAGUGGUACGCAGACCUGUCAAUCCGUAGCGCAAGGUGGUGGUGCAAGAAGAGAUCGUAAUUAUGGUUAUUGGGCUGAUUUGAAUAUUCUUGCAGGAACCAAAACUGACGUUUCAAAGUAUCCCGGUUUUAAUCAACUGUUGGCUUCAGGUGCAAAGAAGAUCGGAAGCGGCAAUCUAAACCAUAAAGCAUGCACCGUUGCGGGUGUUGGUCAUGAUGCUCCCGGCAUGUUUGGCUCACAAUGCGGUAGAGCUGCAAUAUUUGGACAAUCUUUACCUGCAGGAGCAGGACCUUCUACUCCCUAAAAGAAUGUACUAGUAUAUACAUUAUAUGAUGAUGAUUCCCGUAGCCCUUUUCAAUAAGAUUUUUCUCACCCUUUCAUACGUGUUUCGGGUGCAAUAAACGAGGCUGACAAAAAAGAAAGGCGGAUUCGAACUGGGAAAGUCGGUGUCAAAAGUCUUCAUCGAUGAUCAGGAGAUCAACAGUGCUACGAGCUCGUCACGCCGUACGUUGAGAAAUGUCCACGGUAUUUGUUGAGAGAGAAGAGUUAAGAGUGUU